AUGGCUUUGAAGUAUCCCCAGUUCGAGUCAUACGGGGAUAAGCUAAUCCGAUGGAUGGAAAAUGCCAAUGAACCCGGAUGCCCGGUCCCCAGAUCUACACUCACCACCUGGACUUUGCCACAGCCUAUUCUCUGGCAUAGCGAGCAUGAAAGAGAAUGGCUAUCACCAGACCAGAUUGCCUCUAUUGUGGGUAGUGGGACGCCACUCGGACAACUUAUUCCAAAUGAUAUGUAUCCUACAGAAUCCCCGUGUCUACGGCAGUCAAUCAUCAAGACCCGGGGUGGGGUCACUGGAAGACGCCCUGCAUCGAACGAUCCACACGUGUCCGAGCUUGCCAAGAUUGCCUAUGAAACGCAUUUUCCGUUGGAGAGCGUGAAGCAUGUAAUUGUCAAUGAGGUACAGGAAAAUGCAACUGAACCAUUUAUUGAGGAGCAAAUCUACCCGUCCCGUGAGGGACUUAUUUAUCCGUCUGCAGAGCCUCAAACUUGGGACUACGCUACACCAGAGUUUAGGGCUAUUAUGGGGACGCCUAUCGGUAAGGUUGUCGGAUCCUUCAUUCUGGGUUCGUUUGGACAGGGAGUGAAAAGGGUUUGUCGCAUUGUUACUUUCCAAAGAGGUCUUGAGCUUCACAAACUGGAUAUUCGUUUUGAUAUCGAGGAUAUUUGA